AUGGAGAAAUCCAAGAACUUCCGAAUAGACGCGCUGUUGGCCGAGGAGCCCCCGAGCUGCGGGCGAGGGGCGGGGGAGCCGUGCCCCCCGGUGGGGAGCCCGGGCGGGGAGAGCUCAGCGGGCAGCCCUGCCUCCUGCCUGCGGGGGGAGACGCCCUCCCCCCGGGGCGGCCCGGCAGCCCCGCCGGCCCCUGCCCUGCCCAGCGGCAUCAUCCCCAAGCCGGGUCUGCUGCACCUGCACCCCCCGGGGCUCGGGGGGCUGCCCCACGCCGCCCUGCCCGCCAUGUACGGCCACCCCAUGUACAGCUACCCGGCCCUGGGGGCCCCCCACCCCGCCCUGACCUACAGCGCCUUCCCGCAACUGCCCCCCACCCACCCCGACCACCUGAAAGCCAUGACGGCCGCGGGGUCCCUCCACCUGGACCACUGGCUCCGCGCCUCGGCCGCCGGGAUGCUGCUGCCCCGGUUACCGGACUACACAGUGCAGCCACAGUCGGGGCUGAUGGGGAAAUGCCGGCGCCCGCGCACAGCCUUCACCAGCCAACAGCUCCUGGAGCUCGAAAACCAGUUCAAACUCAACAAGUAUCUGUCACGGCCAAAACGCUUUGAAGUGGCCACUUCCCUCAUGCUGACUGAAACUCAGGUGAAAAUCUGGUUCCAGAACAGGCGGAUGAAAUGGAAGCGUAGCCGGAAAGCCAAGGAGCUGGCAGCCCAGGAGGUGGAGAAACAGCGUCCUGGGAAGUACGUGGACAAGGCAGGGAGCGGGGAGAGCAGGCCGGAGUCCCAGAGCCCCAACUUCCACACCCACACCCCGGACUUUCACAAACACAGCCCUGAGCUUCCCUACAGCUCCAGCACCUCCUGCUCCGAGGACGACAUCAUCCGGAGCGACGGGAAGAUUGUCUCCGCGUUGUGA